AAUUUCUGAGAAAAAUGAACGUCGAUACAAUGAACAAGAUAAAUAAUACUUUGAUACCAAGAGAUCGCAAGAUGUUCAUGUAUUCCGCACACGAUAUAAAUAUUGUUGCUUAUCUUGGAGCUGUAGGGGUUUAUGAAGAUAUUUUGUACAUCAAUUAUUCCGCAACAAUUUUGAUCGAAAUCCAUAAAAUUAACAACAAUUAUUUUGUUAAGGUUUUGUUUGAUAACUCCAAUGAUAAAGAAUUACAAGUAAUAAAAAUCCCAGCUUGCGGUGGUAUGGAAUUAUGCCCAUUGAGUACUUACAUAAGUAUUACUGAAGCUAAGUACGGACCGGAAGAGUGGUGUACAUAAUCAUUAGUAACAACAUUUUGGAGGAAACAUAAGAAAAUACUUCAAUU